AUGAUGUCAUCCAAUACUGGUAUUUUACGUACACCUGAUUCCGUUUUCAUCGAUCUAUUAGAUUACCCAUUUAAACCAAAUUAUAUUUAUCUAUCAAAUCCAGGCGAUAUAGGAGAUGGAGAAACAAAAUUACGUUUACAUUAUUUAGAUGAAGGAGAUAAGAAUAGUAGAGAAACAAUUUUGUUACUACAUGGUGAACCAAGUUGGAGCUACUUGUAUCGUCAUUUUAUACCACUGUUAAAACAAUAUCGAGUAAUUGCUAUGGACUUAAUCGGAUUUGGAAAAUCGGAUAAACCAGUAAAGAAGGUCGAUUAUACCUACCAAAGACAUGUUAACUGGAUAAAAGAAGCAAUUGAAUGUUUAAAUUUAAAUAAUAUUACAUUGUUUUGUCAGGAUUGGGGUAGUUUGAUUGGUUUACAAUUAGUUGGCACAAAUGGAAUAAGUAAUCGUUUUGCACGUGUUGCUGUUGGCAAUGGUGGAUUACCAACAGGUGAUCAGCAAAUUUCCGAUGCCUUCUUUCGAUGGCAACAAUUUGCAUCGGAACAAACUAAAAUGGAUGUUGGCUCAAUAAUACAACGUGCAGUUUUAAGAGAAAUGAAGCCAGCCGAAAUUGUCGCCUAUAAUGCUCCAUUUCCAGAUGAAAAGUUUCAAGCUGGUGCAUUAGUAUUUCCACAACUGGUACCAACAACACCUGAUGAUCCAUCAUCGCAAUAUAAUCGUGAUGCAUGGGAGAAUUUGCAAACAUUUAAUAAACCAUUUUUAACUUUAUUUUCCGAUUCAGAUCCUAUCACAGCUGGUGCAGAGAAAUUUUUACAAAUGUUAAUACCCGGGGCUAAGAAUCAAGCACAUGCUACAAUUACUCAAGCUGGUCAUUUUUUACAAGAAGACCAGCCACAGAAUAUUGUUCAACAUCUCGUCAAGUUUAUUAACGAUAAUCCAUUGCCUAACUAUUCGAAACUGUAG